AUGAAGCUUCACAAAGGCUGCAGCACGAGCGACGUGCUAGAGAACUUCGACAAAAAGCUAAACAAAAAUUACAAAAUGUUUGAGGAGGAGACCAUACAGAAAAUGCAUAACGAAUACGAGCACCGGGUGAAGGAGAAGACCAUGGUGAAGGUGAAAAGGAAGGAAGCACUGGGGAAGAAGAGGUCGCACGAUGAGACCAGCGGGGAGCACGAAUCGCAGGAGGAAGCAUUGGACGAUGAAAAAUCAGACCGAAGUGACGAAGCGGAUGAAGCGGAUGAAGCGAAUGAUGUGCACGAUGUGGAUGACGCGAACGAGGCAGAAGAACCGGCCACCUUCCGCGAUCUAAACAUCUGCGAGGAAAUCCUGCAGAGCAUAGAUGAGCUGGGCUGGAAAAAGCCGACCGCCAUCCAACGCAAGAUGCUGCCCUGGGCCUUCCAAAAGAGAGACAUCAUCGGUCUCAGCGAAACAGGCAGCGGAAAAACGGCCUGCUUCAUAAUACCCAUCCUACAGGAACUCAGAGAAAAAAGGCAAAGCUUGUUCGCCCUGGUCAUCUCACCCACCAGGGAACUGUGUAUACAAAUAGCACAGCACUUUCAAGCACUGGGUUCAAAUUUACUUAUAAACAUAUGCACAAUAUUUGGAGGUGUCGAUAUUGUUACUCAGUCUUUAAAUUUAGCCAAAAGACCGAACAUCAUUGUAAGUACCCCAGGGAGGAUACUAGAUCAUCUGAACAACACCAAAGGUUUUAACUUAAAAAAUUUAAAAUACCUCGUAUUUGACGAAGCGGACAAAUUAUUAUCCCUCGACUUUGAGGCCUCCAUUAAUAAGCUCUUACUAAUUCUCCCUGAAAAAAGAAUUACCUUUUUAUUCUCAGCCACAAUGACAAAGAGUGUAGCUAAAUUGAAGAAGGCAUCACUAAAAAAUCCGAUCAAAGUAGAAGUGUCAAAUAAGUACAGCACUGCCAGUACCCUCAUCGAAAAUUAUAUAUUCAUUCCCCUCAAGUACAAAUACACCUACCUCUGUAGCCUCUGCUUCCACUUUUCCUCGAGGUGCAUUAUCAUCUUUGCAAACACAUGUGCGACAGCACAGAAGAUUAAUUUCUUCUGCAGAAAUUUAGGACUCAAGUCUAUAUGCCUGCAUGGCAAAUUAACACAAAAUCAGAGACUCAGUAGUUUGAAUUCUUUUAAAAGCAACCGAUACAAUAUUUUAAUUUCUACACAAGUAGGAGCUAGAGGACUUGAUUUAAAAGAUAUUAAAAUUGUAAUAAACUUUGACCUGUGUUCAUGUAAGGAGUAUAUUCAUAGGGUCGGAAGAACUGCUCGAGCAGGGCGCACAGGGAAAUCCAUCACCUUCGUAACGCAAUAUGAUGUGGAAAAUUUCCUCGCCAUUGAAAAAAUGCUCAACAAAAAAAUUGAAAAAUUUAGUGAGCUCGACGAAAACGACGUGCUCCUAUAUCAGGAGCAAACUGUCGAGGCACUGCGCCUGGCCGAAACAGAAAUGAAGGAAAAUCAGGACCUCUACCGUAGAGGCAAGUUCAAGAAGGCUCGGAGAUGA